AUGAUUGCAUACAGGCAACGGUCUUUACAAAUAUGUGAAAACCUGACUGGAGGGUUAGGGGUGAUCGCACCCCGAACUACGAUCCGCUAUGCAUCGUUAACUUCCGCGAUUGAACGCGGGAAACGGAAAUCUGAAAGAUUCGAAACAUCGCGAGAAGGGAAUAGACGCUCUCGUUAUGGAGAUAAAGAUUUUAGUAAAUCUUCAUCGGGUGGUGACUCGCGGAGACCGAGAGUAUACGAAUCGUCACGAGAAGGAAAUCGACGCUCUCGGUAUGAAGGAGGAGAAGAUGAAGAUCACACGAGACAUUCAUUCAACGACAAGAAAGCAGCUCGACUCCACAAAUACUCGCGUCCCCGUAGCACAGGAGGGUUUCUGAGCGGCUUCACACAACUACGCGAUACCCAGGGCCCUGUGCAAUUCGACGAAGACGAAUUCAUUAGAACGGGCAAAGUCCAACAAAUCAAGAAACUCGCCUACCCAUCAACCCCCAUUAGCAAAGAACCCAAGAAACCUAUCUCGGGACUGGGCCGCCCAGCAACGAAUGAGCCACGUUGGAUGGGCCGGUCUGGAGAAUACACAGUCAGCAAGAGGAAAGUCGGCAAAGACCACAUCCCAAGCUCUGGCGUUCCGGAACGAGUGAAAGAGCACGUCAAAGUUCCCAGCGCUAUUCCAUAUACCACGCCAGCCUCGGAAUUCCUCUACGGCACAUCCUCCGUCGAAGCUGCUCUGCGCUGCACGCGUCGCCAAAUCCAUAAAUUAUACAUCUACCAACGGCCCGAUGAAGACCUGACCCCUGAAAAAGUCACCAUGCGCAAGAUGGCGCUGGCGCGGGGUAUCACCGUGAAAAUGGCGUUUGCGGAAUGGGACAGGAUAUUGGAUAGAAUGAGUGGCGGGAGGCCACAUAAUGGCUGCGUGUUGGAGGUAUCGCCACUGCCACAGUUACCAGUCGUCUGUCUCGACGCGGCGCCGGCACCAGCCGAAAAUCAUUUCAAUGUCAGCCUCGGCAGGCAAUCGCAGGAAGAAGCCUCUCUGAACGGGUCGAGCGGGCAGGUCUCGCGUGUAUCCCGAUUUGACGAGAGUGCAAAAUCCCGCUUUCCAUUCCUCCUCUUCAUAGACGGGAUCCUUGACCCUGGGAAUCUAGGCGCGAUUAUCCGGUCAGCGUACUACCUCGGCGUCGACGCAAUCGUCCUCGCCGGCCGCAAUUCUGCGCCCAUGUCGCCGGUGACAAUCAAAGCGAGCGCUGGGGCUGCCGAGAAUAUGGCGAUAUUGAAAACCACCAAUGAGCACGAUUUCAUUCGCCUGUCGCGGCAGAAUGGCUGGCGGUUUUUGGCUGCGGAUUCGCCAGAUAAUGUCGCUCAGGACGCGGGGCGGAUGCUCGUGGUGGAUAGGGCUGCAGGGAGUAAUACGCCGGAUUUGCUCAUGCAGGCGCCGACGGUGUUGAUGUUGGGCAAUGAGGGGACGGGCUUGUUGCCGCGGAUCAAGGCGCAGGCUGAUGGGUUGAUAUCGAUACCGGGUGCACGGUUCCGUCCGGAUUUGGGGAUUAGUGAUGCAGCGCGGGUGGACAGUUUGAAUGUCAGUGUGGCGGCAGCGUUGUUGAUGGAGAUGUUGAUGCGGGCGCCGUUGCAAGUCACUGAUCUCCCAGUACAGGACGUACAAGAAGUACCAGGGGCGGUUGAAGCUUCAUCGGAGACUGAAACCGAAAAGCCGUCGAAUUCUUUCGAAUUUAAUUAG